GGAACCUCCUUUUUAUACUUAGACUUGGAAUUACAUUUCUCAUCAACCAAAAAAAACAAGAACACUUUUGUAACGUACGAAAAAAAAUACAAAAAAUCAAACCAACCAUACACUAUUUUCCUUUCUCUUUCACUCUCUAUCCUUUAGUCUUUUCACCCUUCUUCUUUUUCAUGGAUCUCAUUUCCAACUUGUUCUAUGGUCUUCCUUUAUUUUACCUACUUUAUUUGAUAUGGAAGAUUAUCGAUCGAAAGAGACACCAAAAUUGUUACAUUUUGGACUAUGAAUGUCACAAACCAACUGAUGAUCGAAAGCUUAGCACAAGAUUUUCAGGCGAAGUAAUUAGGAGGAACAAACAUCUUGGCCUAAAUGAGUACAAGUUCCUCUUGAAAGCUAUUGUUAGCUCGGGCAUUGGUGAACAAACGUAUGCACCACGAAUGGUGGUUGAUGGUCGCGAAGCGUGUCCUACGUAUGAAGAUGCUAUCUUGGAGAUGGAAGAAUUUUUCCAUGAUAGUAUUGACAAGAUCUUGAAAAGGAACAAAAUUUCCCCUAGUGAAAUCGAUGUACUCGUGGUGAAUAUAUCGAUGUUAGCUUGUAUGCCAUCGUUGGCUUCACGAAUAAUCAAUUACUACAAGAUGAGGGAAGAUAUCAAGGUGUACAACAUCACCGGUAUGGGGUGUAGUGCUAGCCUUAUAUCGAUAAAUGUCAUUCAAAGUAUAUUCAAGAAUGAGAAGAACAAGGUUGCACUUAUGGUGACAUCAGAGUCCUUGAGUCUAAAUUGGUACACGGGGAGCGAUAGAUCUAUGAUUCUUGCUAAUUGUUUGUUUAGGUCAGGGGGUUGCGCAAUUUUAUUGACAAACAAAUUGUCUUUUAAAAACAAGGCCAUGUUCAAGUUGAAGCAACUAGUUAGGGUACAUCAUGGUUCAAAAGAUGAAUCCUAUGAUAGUUGUGUACAAAGGGAAGAUAAUCAAGGUAACAUAGGGUUUCACCUUGAUAAAACACUACCAAAAGCCGCAACACGUGCACUAGUCGAUAAUUUGAAACAAAUUGCACCCUUGAUCCUUCCUGUUAGGGAGCUACUUCGAUUUGCAAUCGUGUUAUUUUUGAAAAAAAUGAAUUGGGGCUCAACAAAAGGAGGACCUAAGCCAAUGGUCAAUUUCAAAACAGGUGUAAGUCAUAUUUGUCUACAUACUGGAGGAAAAGCAGUGAUUGAUGGUGUUGGUGCAAGUUUAAACUUAAGUGAAUAUGAUUUAGAGCCAGCAAGAAUGACAUUGCAUAGAUUUGGUAACACUUCAGCAAGUAGUCUUUGGUAUGUUUUGGGGUAUAUGGAGGCUAAAAAAAGGCUUAAAAAAGGCGACAAAGUACUUAUGAUUAGCUUUGGAGCUGGAUUUAAGUGUAAUAGUUGUUUAUGGGAAGUGUUAAGAGAUUUGGGUGAUGGAAAUGUGUGGAAAGAUUGUAUUGAUAAUUAUCCACCAAAUACUUUGGUUAAUCCUUUCUUGGAGAAAUUUGGAUGGCUACAUGGUGAAGAUCCAGAAACAUUCUAUGUUCCAGAUGACUAUGUUAUCCCUUGAAUUAAAAAAAGGUUUAUCUUUUUUCUUCCAUAAAUAAUUUCCAACUUCCUUUUUUUUUUUUACUUUAUAGUUUUCUUUUUCUACAUUAGGUUUCUGGGUUUGGGAUAAUUUAAAAAUCUCAUAGCUUCUUUUAUUGAUUUUUUUUUUUAUAUAUAUAUGUAAAAGGAAAAGUUCUCUUCUUGUUGAUCCAUAUAUAGGUGGAUUCUUUUCCCAGUAAUUAGGCGUUUGUCUAAUUAUAUCAAAGAAAAUUGUUCCAUGUAUGUACCAAGACUAAUCAUACUAUUGUUCUUAUUAUUCUUAA